AACCCAGUACCAGGCUGCAGUUCUAUAUGACAGCAACUCCAUUCUAUUAAUGGCAGAAGUUGGGGAAUGCUCUGGUUCACAAUCCUCCUCCCAAAUUUGGGCUAAGCUUGUUCCAUUAGGUGUGCAAGAGUCGGAUAUUGAGAUAUGUUCAGAUGAGUUUAUAGUAAGUUCUCAGAUCACCCCUUCCUCCCAAGUGAAGCAUGACUGGUGCAAAAUAACAAGGAAUGCGAAUAUGUUAACUGCGAUGAUGCAAAAUAAAAGUUCAAAUGAUAUGCUAGUUGAUGAUGCUGUUGUCCAAAGCGGAGAUGUCAUCGAAAUCAAAUCUGGCACUGAUAUUGUUUUGGGUCCCAAUAGAGAAGAAUACUUGAGCUACAUAUUUAAACUGAUCCUUGAUCAAGAAACCUGCAAAAAGCAAUUGAAGAUCUGUAUAGAUGUUGAGCAUGCAAAAUGCAGCAUCUGCUUGAAUAUAUGGCAUGAUGUUAUCACUAUUGCUCCUUGCCUUCAUAACUUCUGCAACGGAUGCUUUUCUGAGUGGUUAAAGAGGUCACAGAAGAAACAUUCAAGUGUUCUAUGCCCCCAGUGUAGAGCUGUUGUACAAUUUGCUGGAAGAAACCCAUUUCUGCGCAAUAUUGAGGAGGAGAUCCUGCAAGCAAAUCCUUCUUUAAAACGUCCAAAUGAAGAAAUUGCACUUAUAGACUCUUAUGCGACGAUAAGAUCAAAUCUUGUCAUUAGGACUGAAAGAGGUAGUCAAAGGAAAAGGGGUCCGGCAUUUGUUAGUGAUGAAUAUGAUAGUGAAGAAAGUGAUGACGAAGGACCUCAAUGCCCUCAAUGUGGCUCUGAAAUUGGUGGGUUUCAAUGCAACCAGCAAACAAUCCAUUUACAAUGUCAAAAUUGUGGUGGAAUGAUGCCUUCUAGGGCUGAUACGCAUGUACCACAACACUGUUCAGGAUGUGAUAGAACAUUUUGUGGUGCAUAUUGGUACACUCAAAGGGUUACCAGAAGUGAAUUUUAUCCUGUGUGCAAUCAUGAGACAUUUAGACUGAUUUCUGAACACAUUAUCACUAGGAUUCCUUUCUUGGCACAUGAAAUGAACAGACAUGAACAAGAUAUCACGGAAAGGUGUAUUAGACAGUCGGGCAGAACCUUACAGGAAGUUGUUGCAGAAUGGAUUAGAAAGCUAAACAAUAGGGAAAUUGACCGAACAAGGAUGCCACUCAAUCACGCUGAGAGGAUAACUGCUGCAACUCAUGUUUGCAGCACUUGCUAUGAAAAGUUGGUCUCCUUUCUUCUGUAUUGGUACCGGAUAUCGUUGCCCAAUUAUUGCCUACCGCCUGAUGCAUCACAGAGAGAGGACUGCUGGUAUGGACAUGCUUGUCGAACACAACACCACAAUGAAGAACAUGCUAGGAAAAGGAACCAUGUGUGUCGUCCUACUAGGGGAGCUAAUAUGUAGCUUCUUUUAUCAUCUUACUGCUCAAUGUUUCUUUAUUUUGUUUACACAACUCUGAGGGUAUUUUUG